AUGCAGGGAUUACAUUCCGUGAUAUUCUUCCGGGCAAGAACCUGUAUAAAACCGGGCCACAUGUUGCACCAUUUCGUGUGCUCGAAACCACACAUGGCGGACGUGGUCUCUGACGUGUUCCUGUCCUUUUUCUGCUGCUGCUUCUACCAUCCCGGCGGCCACCGCGGCGUCGGCAGGCAGCACCACAGCAACGGCCACUCGGUGCCCGCCGGCGGCAGCGCCGCGUAUCACCACCGCGGAGCCGGGGUUACCGCCCGCCGGAGCAGGCCCGUGUCUCUGCAGACUGUGGAGCUCAAGGUGCGGAUGUGCUGCGAAGGCUGCGAGCGAGUUGUCAGACACGCUCUCCAAAACCUCCGAGGGGUGGACAGCGUGGAGGUGGACGUGCCGAUGGAGAAGGUGGCGGUGACGGGGUACCUGGACCGGGGGAAGGUGCUGCGCAAGGUGCGACGGAGCGGGAAGAAGGCGGAGUUCUGGCCGAGCGGCGGCACGCCGAUGCGGUUCACGUCCCCCAGGAGCUACUUCCGCGACGCGGCCUCGUACCGCGAGGGCUACAACUACCGGCGCCACGGGUACAGCAACGGCGAUCGGCACGCCCGCAUGCGCGAGCCAGCCCGCGGCGCCGACCCCAUCGGCAACCUGUUCAACGACGACGAUGUCAACGCCGCCUGCCGGAUCAUGUGAUGAUGGUGUUGCCGUUAUUUUGUUUUUGAUCUGCCUUUUGGGAACUGUUUGAUUUUUGGUCUGGACUUAGCCCAAUAGAUGAUGAGAUGACUCAACAAGCCAUAGAGAGCUUGUAGGCUACUGAACAUCAUGGAACAUGGUCCGUGAUGCUUGCUCUUAUUUUUUUAUAGGGCUGAAAUUAUAUUAAAUUUUGAAG